CUGGUACAGGAUGAAGAGAGUUCUGGAAACUGGUUGCACAGUAAUGUGAAGAUAGUUACCAAUAAUGAACCGUGUGCUUGAAAAAUCGUCAAGAUGGUGGCUAAACCCCUUGUUUAAAAUUGGUUACGAACGGAAAUUAAAACAAGAUGACUUGUAUUCAGUGCUUCCAGAAGAUCGCUCCCAGCACCUUGGAGAAGAGCUGCAAGGGUACUGGGAUCGAGAAGUUUUGAGAGCCAAGAAAGACACACAGGAGCCUUCUUUAAUGAGAGCAAUUGCCAAGUGUUACUGGAAAUUCUAUUUUGUUUUGGGACUACUUACAUUUCUUGAGGAAGGCACCAAGGUGGUUCUGCCCAUAUUUUUGGGGAAAAUUAUUAGUUAUGUUGAAAACUAUGAUCCUUCCAAUUCUGCCGCUUUGCAUGAAGCCUACGGCUACGCGGCAGCGCUGAGCGCCUGCGUGCUCGUGUGGGCCGUUCUGCACCACUUGUGCUUCUACCACAUGCAGCGCGUGGGGAUGAGGCUGAGAGUAGCCGUGUGCCAUAUGAUCUACCGCAAGGCCCUUCACCUGAGUAGCCCAGCCAUGGGGAAGACCACCACAGGCCAGGUAGUCAACCUGCUGUCCAAUGAUGUGAACAGGUUUGACCAGGUAACGAUGUUCUUGCACUAUCUGUGGGUGGGGCCACUGCAGGCUGUCGCAGUGACUGCCCUGCUCUGGAUGGAAAUAGGAAUAUCAUGUCUUGCCGGGAUGGCUGUUCUCAUUAUUCUUCUGCUUUUGCAAAGCUGCUUCGGGAAGUUGUUUUCAUCACUCCGGAGUAAGACUGCUGCUCUCACAGACGAGAGGAUCAGGACCAUGAGUGAAGUCAUAACUGGCAUCAGAACAAUAAAAAUUAAUGCUUGGGAAAAGUCAUUUAUAGAUCUUAUUACCAGACUGAGAAGUAAGGAAAUUUCCAAGAUUCUGAAAAGUUCCUACCUUAGAGGCAUGAAUUUGGCAUCAUUUUUCACUGUGAGCAAAAUCAUGAUUUUUGUCACCUUCAUCGCCAAUGAGCUCCUUGACAACCUGAUCUCAGCCAGCCAGGUGUUUGUGGUGGUGAUGCUGUUCGAGGCUCUGAGGUUCUCGAGCACCCUCUACUUCCCCAUGGCCAUCGAGAAGGUGUCAGAGGCCGUCGUCAGCAUCCAAAGAAUCAAGAACUUUUUGUUACUUGAUGAGAUAACACAGUGCUACCCUCUGCUGCCAUCAGAUGGUAAAACAACCGUGGAUGUGCAAGCUUUUACAGCUUCUUGGGAAAAGGCAUCAGAGACCCCAAACCUACAAGGACUUUCCUCUGUCAGACCUGGUGAACUGUUAGUUGUGGUUGGACCUGUGGGAGCGGGAAAGUCAUCACUGCUAAACGCUCUGCUGGGGGAGCUGCCCCCGAGCCAGGGACAGGUCAGCGUGCACGGGAGGAUCGCAUAUGUUUCUCAGCAGCCCUGGGUGUUUCCAGGGACUGUAAAGAGUAACAUUUUAUUUGGGAAGAAAUAUAAAGAAGACAGAUAUGAAGAAGUAAUAAGGGCUUGUGCUUUGGAAGCGGAUUUACAGCUUUUGGAGGAAGGAGAUCUAACUGAGAUAGGAGAAAGAGGAACCCCACUGAGUGAGGGACAGAAAGCCCGGGUCAGCCUCGCCAGAGCCAUGUAUCAGGAUGCAGACAUCUACCUCCUGGACGAUCCGCUCAGCGCAGUGGAUGCAAUAGUCAACAGACACUUAUUCGAACAGUGUAUUCGUCAGGCCUUGAAGGAGAAGAUCACAAUCUUAGUGACUCAUCAGCUGCAGUACCUAAAAGAUGCAAGUCAGAUUCUGAUACUGAAAGAUGGCAAAAUGGUGAAAAGAGGGACUUACACUGAGUUCCUGAAAUCUGAGGUAGAUAUUUUUUCCCUUUUUGAGAAGGGGAAUGAGCAGUCUGAACCAUCUCCAGUUCCAGGAACUCCCACUCUGGUCUCUGAGUCUUUGGUUCAGUCUGUCCAGUCUCCCAGACCCUCAUUGAAAGAUGCGGCUCCAGAGGACCAAGAUACUGAGAAUAUACAGGUUACACUACCUCUAGAGAACCAUUUGGAAGGAAGAGUUGGUUUUAAGACCUAUGAGAAUUACUUCACAGCCGGUGCUGGCUGGCUUGUCAUCACCUUCCUUAUUCUAGUAAACAUCGCAGCUCAGGUUGUCUAUGUCCUGCAGGAUUGGUGGCUUGCAGACUGGGGGAAUAUACAAAGAGACCUGUAUUUUAGGGUAUAUGGAAAAGAAGACACAAUUUUUAUCCUCGAUCUGAACUGGUACUUUACAGUUUAUUCAGGGUUAAUUGUAUCUACCAUCCUUUUUGGCAUCACAAGAUCUCUGUUGAUAUUCUAUGUCCUUGUUAAUUCUUCACAAACUUUGCACAACAAAAUGUUGGAGUCCAUUUUGAGAGCUCCGGUAUUGUUCUUCAAUAGAAAUCCGAUAGGAAGAAUUUUAAAUCGUUUUUCGAAAGAUAUAGGUCAAAUGGAUGACUUACUGCCCUUGACAUUUCUUGAUUUCAUCCAGACAUUUCUUCUUAUGAUUGGUGUUGUGAGCGUGAUGGUGGCUGCAAUUCCUUGGACUGCUAUACCAGUGAUUCCGCUUGGCAUCAUUUUCUUUGUUCUCGAGUGGUAUUUCUUAAGGACAUCACGAGAAGUGAAACGCCUGGAAUGUACAACUCGGAGCCCGGUGUUUUCCCACUUAGCAUCUUCUGUCAGGGGACUCUGGACUAUCCGGGCAUACAAAGCUGAAGAGAAGUUUCAGGAGCUGUUUGAUGCAUACCAGGAUUUGCACUCAGAGGCUUGGUUCCUGCUUUUGACGACGUCCCGAUGGCUCGCUGUGUAUCUGGAUGUCAUCUCUGCCAUCUUUGUCAUUGUUGUUGCCUUUGGGGCCCUGAUUCUGGUAGAAACUUUGGCUCUCGGGCAGGUUGGCCUGGUCCUGUCUCUAACGCUCACACUCACGGGGAUGUUCCCGUGGUGCGUCAGGCAAAGUGCCGAAGUUGAGAACAUGAUGAUUUCAGUAGAAAGGGGGAUUGAAUAUACAGACCUUGAGAAAGAAGCACCCUGGGAAUAUGAAUAUCGUCCACCUCCAUCCUGGCCCCAGAGUGGAGCGAUUUACUUUUCUAAUGUGAACUUCAGGUACAGCUUGGAUGGGCCUCUGGUAUUGAAGAACGUGGGAAUGUCCGUUGGCCUAAGAGAAAAGUGUGGCAUUGUGGGAAGAACAGGAGCUGGAAAAAGUUCCCUCAUUGCUGCUCUUCUUAGAUUGUCAGAACCUGAAGGUGGCAUUCAGAUUGAUGGGAUCUGGACAAACAACAUUGGACUUCAUGAUUUAAGGAAGAAAAUGUCAGUUGCACCUCAGGAACCUGUUUUAUUCACUGGAACAAUGAGGAAAAAUCUGGAUCCCUUUAAUCAGCAUACAGAGAAAGAACUGUGGAAUGCCUUAGAAGAGGUACAACUCAAAGAAACCAUCAAAGAUCUUCCUAGUGAGAUGUAUACCGAAUUGGCAGAAUCAGGAUUGAACUUGAGUGUUGGACAGAGACAACUAGUGUGCCUUGCCAGGGCUAUUCUCAGGAAAAAUCAGAUAUUGAUUCUUGACAAAGCCACAUCCAAUGUGGAUCCAAGAACUGAUGAAUUAAUCCAAAAAAAAAUCCAUGAGAAAUUUGCUGACUGCACUGUGCUAACCAUCACACACAGGUUGAGCACCGUUUUUGACUGUGAAUGGAUAUUGGUUUUGGAUUCAGGGAAUGUGGUAGAAUAUGAUGAGCUGUAUGAUUUGCUGCAAAAUAGGGACAGCCUGCUUUACAAUAUGGUGCAGCAACUGGGUGAGGUGGAGGCCACUGUCCUCACUGAAAAAGCAAAACAGGUGCACUCUGAAAGCGAAUAACCAGAUGUCACUCACAGUGACCAUGUGAUUAUGAAUAUUAUGAAUGCCAAAGGACAACCCUCAGCUCUCACAACUUUUGAGUCAACUCUGUGAUUCUACCAUGAGUUCACGUCUAUUCCAGACAUUGUUCCAAUCGGUUUCUGCACUGCGUAAAUUAUGUUAUUUUUUUACACCAGCAACAGAUAUUGACAUAUUAUAAGAUAUUAAUCUAUAAUUUUUCUCCAACUUCACUCAGUGAUCUCAAGUUCUUGCAAAAGGAUUUAUUAUGUUUAUUUAUGUGUUAUACUAUUUUCUUUUUUAUCCAAAUCAGAGGUGCAGGCCACCAAUAAAAGGUGUCUCCCAAGUUUUGUGUCUUGAGAGACUCUGGAGCCAAACUUAUUUUCUAAGAUUUGAGACAAAGUUCUCACAAUUUGUUUUUACUGUUCCCAGAAAUACAUAUUACUUUCUAAUUAUAUUACAGAUUCUUGAAGACUGUGUGAAGUUGCUGUUUUGUGUCACCACUUCCUUUAACAGAACUGUUAUCCAUUUUCCACUCAAAGACCUCUGGUUAAAAUACUACAGAGAAAAGUAAUAGGAAAAACAUACAGUACAUGUAGUUUAAGUGACAUUAUAGAAAAGAGAGAUGUCACCCUCCAAAAAAUAUAUGGUUAAAAUACAGAAGGGCAAUAUUGUACAUUCAUCUGUGUCCCCUGCAUUGCCAGCAGAUUCUUUACCGCUGAGCCAUUGGGGAAGCCCUCUAAAAGAGAAGGAGAGAAAAUAGAAAAUAUGCCUUAUCAAAGUAGGAACCCCUCUAGGGGAUUUGCUAAUGAAAGACAGACAUGUUCUAGACUGUCUUCUAGAUAGAGGAUUUUAUUUUUUACAUUAAAAAAAUUGUGGUAAAAUAUAUAUAACAUAAAAUUUGCCAUAUAACCAUUUUUAAUCACACAAUUUGGCAUUAAUCACACUCACAGUGUUGUGCAGCCAUCAUUGUCUGGGUAACUUUCGGUAAUUAUGUGCUUCCUCUUCAGUGUGAUAUUUCUGCAGAGUCAUUUUGGUAACUUUAACUUUUCUAGAAGUAGAUCUUUUUCCUGUGAGUUUUGAGCUUGAUUGGCAUAAAUGUAUUCACAAUAUCUUACAUAUUUAAUCUCUGCAUCAUCUCUGUGUUCUUUUAGCCUUUUAGUUUUCUUUGAGGCUUCUCAUUUUUUAUGAAUAAUCUUGUAUAACUUUUUCUUAUUUUCAAAGAAUCAAAUUAUUGCUUGAUACUCUGUUUUUCUUUCUAGUUCAUCACAUCAUUCUUUCUUUCAAUUUUUCCUUUAUUUUGAGAUUUUUUUUCUCUAAAUUCUUAAAUUGGAAACAGAUUAAUAAUAUCAUUAUUUUUCUAACAUAAGUAUAUAAAUUUGACAAUUUUUCUGUGAUCCACUUUAGAUACAACCUACAAGUUUUGGUACUUACCACCAACCACUCUCCAAAGUAUUAUGUAUUUUCUAAUUCCUAAUUUAAUUCAUUAACUAUAUCUUUUACCCAUGAGUUAUUCAUAAGUAUAAUGUUCUCUAAAUUUCAAAUGCUAGUGGCUUUUUUCUAUUAGAUUGAACAUGUGGAACUGCUAACAUUCAGCCUUUUAUAUAAAAUGGCACUUUCAUGUAUUUAAAUGUAAUAUUUUUCUUUUAUUAAUAUAUAGCAAUUUCAUUUUGGUCAGACAUUAGGUUGUGGAUUUUAAACCAAAGGUAAUGAUAUUCAUACAAAAACUCCUUGUUUCCACCAUUUUGUAUUUUAUUUGGGGGUUUUAAAAUGUUUUAAGUACAUGUGUAACC